ACUGACAAGAAAGAGAGAAGUAAUGCCUUGAAUGUUGCAAUAGAUAGUAUGUGCAAGAAGACAAGAGACCUCCGCAGACAGCUCCGUAAAGCCAUUAUAGAUCACAUCUCAGACUCCUUCUUAGAUACCUCUGUUCCGCUUUUAGUUCUCAUUGAAGCUGCUAAAAAUGGAAGAGAGAAAGAAAUAAAAGAAUAUGCUGCUAUAUUUCGAGAACAUACCAGCAGGCUUGUGGAGGUUGCUAAUCUGGCUUGUUCAUUGUCAACAAAUGAAGAUGGAAUGAAAAUUGUCCAAAUGGCAGCUAAUCACAUAGAGGCUUUGUGCCCACAGGUUAUUAAUGCUGCUUUAGCUCUUGCUGCCAGACCAAAAAGUCAAGUUGUGAAAAACAACAUGGAGAUGUACAGGAGUACAUGGGAGAAUCACAUCCAUGUUCUUACUGAAGCUGUGGAUGAUAUAACAAGUAUUGAUGAUUUUCUUGCUGUAUCAG